AUGGAUCUCCUGCUCACGCAAAGUCUUCAUGGAAAUCUGGUGGACUUUGGCCAAAGACGGCAGAGGAGGGCGGAUGAGAGGCGCCGUCCGUCAGCGCCGCCAAGCCUCGACGCAAACCUCCCGUUCAGAAGCGCCAAACGAAGCCGGCAGCCAGAGCCGUGGCCCACGCUGGGUCCAUCGGAGACGAAACAGAGCUGGAGUCGCCGUCCUGAGUGGAGUCGCGUCCUCUCCCACGGCCUUUGCGGCUUUCAGACAAGGUCGAUAUUCCGCGUCACUUGCCGUUCCUCCAGUGGAUACUUCUCCUACGACGGAGAUUCUCUGCCGAGCUCUCCGCUUCCCCCGCGACCGGUAACGGCUGAUAGCACGCAGACACCGAGCCCCUCUGGCCAGGUGAUGAUGCACGCACUGCAUCGCAGGGCCGAGGCGCACGGCGGAGGACCGGGGACGCAGGCGGGCGCUGCACGUGAUGAAUCAGUCAGAGCUGCUGUGUGGGUUUGUGAAAGACAAAACCAGAUCUGGGCUCACACGCGCUCCCAAAUCUCGUCCCGCCCCUCUAGCAUUUGGCCAGCAAACGCAGCAGGGGUCAUGGAGGCGGAGAGCAUCGGGCAAGAGCUCCGACGGAUUGGCGAUGACCUCAACAACAGAGUGCUGAUGAGAAGGAGGCUGGCGGGCAGACACAGACAUGCCAUGAUCCAUCCCAACCAACUUCCGGCCAUCCACCACGAGCCCGUGGUCCUGCUCUGCGUGGGGUUCCUGCUCCUUCUGAUUGUACGCGGACUGUACUACAGCCACCAGGAGCCCUCUCAGGUGUAGCCUUCAGAAAACCCAGCAGACGUAGCAUUUUCUCUUUAUUAAUAUAUCUCUGAUGGACCUAUCACAGCUUGAACUUCCUUUUCAAAUGUAAGGACGAAAACCUCUUUAUUUCCCCCCAACCUUCCUUCCUGAAUUUUCCUGAACAAGAAGGAUUUGUUGGAUUUAUAACAUAAUUAUAAUGAAUACAGUCUCCUUUUUAAAGUCUAAAAUAUCUAGAUUUGUUUUUGCACCUGUUUUUUUUCCUUCAUGAACUCUGAGCCUUUAAUUCUACCAAAGAGGACUCACGGCAUCGGAACGUGUCUCCCUGGAAGAUGGCGACUUUGUAAAUUCAAUCGUGCCUUCUUUACAUUUUCACCUUCAUUUAUUUGUCUUUUUCACUGUUUUUCUUUUAUGUAUAUUAUAUGAGAUUUCUGGGUUAUGAGACCCGGGAUUUUUAAAUGCUUUGGCUUCCGCCCCGUGAAACCAGUUUUAUUUUUCCCUCGAGGAUUCCAGUUUAAGUUUAAAAGUCUCACACUCCAUAUUUUUUAUGAUCAGCAUGCAGCAAACGUGGUUUCUAAUGAAGAAAUAUUCGCAUUUUGACUCCACAUUUGUAGAACCACUUUACAACAAAUGUCAUUUAACAGGUUUCCUGCCGUGAGUUCUCACUGCAUGCUAACUUAGAUUUAGAGACUUCAUCCAAUUCUACUUUGUAAAUUUCCACAAUGAAUUCGGUUUCCACUCGGGAUUAAUAUUCCACAUUUAAAUGUCAGCAUUAAGUCUCACAACAUCACAUUACAUUAAGUCAGAUUUACAGUAUAGUUUGUGGAUACACUUUAAAGGGGUCAUAUUGUGCAAAAUCAUUUUAUCAGCCUUUUGUGAUUACUUACAGUUGGAAGCUCAUCAUAAACAUUCCCAAAUUCCUACAGUUUUUUUUGACCAUGGAUGUAGAAAUUCUCCUGGUGUAAACAAACUUGAACAAUGAAACGCCUCGUUUCGCACUUCCGUGACAUAUGUUAUGGAAUAGACUGGAAUUUGACUUGUUUUGUGACAAACUCCUGCAGAGAAAUUAUGAGAGAAGGGAAGCAGCAGAUUCUUUCCAUUUAAAGCCACAGGCACAGAAAGCUUGUUUUUUCUUAAAAAAAAAUUGACACGUUCACUUUUUAAAACCUCAGGAAAAUCUUGUUACCAAUCAUGUCUCUGAGUGCUCUACUCACUUUUUGUAUGAACUUUUUGUAAUCUUGUUUUUCACAUGUUGCUGAAAAGGGAAUAAAUAGGUUUCAAUAUAGUCAGCUGUAGUACAACUGUAAAAUAACUUAAAAUUCCACAACAAUAAGACCACCCUUGGAUGGGACAUGUGGGUUAUUUCCCAAGCCAAGACCAGUACCCAUUUACAGAUGGGUGAACUGGGAUGAUUUCAUAUGAAGUGUCUUGUCCAAGGACACAGACAAGUAUCCACUUGCUGUGCUUUGUAACAAUGCAAAACUUUAACUAGCCAUAUCAUCUGCCUUGUUAAUAAUACAACUGUAUUUAUUUCACUAAUACAGAAUCUCUCUACUGAGUUUUCGAUGUAGUUAAUUUCAAAAUAACAUUUCCUUGAAUUCAGCAAACACCUGUGGGUGAUGAUCAGUCAUUCUUCAAAAAUACACUUUGCAGAAUGAGUGGCUUUCCUCUUCUAAUCUGCAGUUGUUUCUUUCAGUUUUUAAAUGAGCAAUACUCACACCCCUUAAGACAUGACUCACAGGUUUUAGUGACACAAAGCUUUCUGACUGAAUUAUGUGGCUUGACACUGUUUGCUAAAAGAGGUCAUACUGCCAAACGGCAACUCUUCGACUUUUUUAGAAUCGUGGUAAUUCCAUACUAUGGUAUACCAUUACAUUUGUAAUCUUCUUAAUUGGCUGUAAUUGCUGGUAAAUUUCGUCAGCCAAAUUUCAUGAGGUGAACUAUUAAUCUACCAAUGACUGCUUCAUUGGUUAUUAGCACUGUAACCUCAGGUUGCCCCAUUCACUCAUAUUCAUUCAUUCCCAACUUAAUUUUUCAACAUAGGGCUAGAUACUUUAAUACAACUAGGAGUUUUUUUUUAAGUGCAUACCCGUCUGAGGUAUUUUUGCUACAGUCUUUAAUAUCUUUAAAUAUCUAUUUUUUUAGGACACUUAGUGACCUAUCUGGACUUGCUGGGAAAAAAUGCAUAAUAAGACCCCUUUAAACAAUCACAGAAGCAUCAAUCACACUGAAAUAUUUGUGACUGUAUCUAUAGUGUGCACUCUACAUAGGAUAAAAAAUAAUUUAAAUUCUGUUUCAAAAGAAAAGAAUUGUGUUCAAAUGAAACUUCACACUGUUUUUCCACGUUAAUGUGUAAAUAUCCGUUUUAUGUUGAGGUCAUAUUUUAGCUACAGAAGUGCCUGUUAUCAGUAUGCAAAUGUAUAAUCAUGAAAGCUGUUAUUUUUCCUUCAAAGGUACUCUUUAAACAAAUGCACCAAGCUUCCACUCAUGCAGUCAGUGGUGAAAAAAAUAUAUGUAAUUUUCCAUUAAUUUCUACAUAUCUUUUCAGCUUUUCCAGCCCUAAAAAA